AAAAUAAUCAUAUUUCCUCGUCUUUCCAAGUUGUUCCAUGGUUGAGAGAAGAUAGAACCGCGGAAAAUGGAGUGGGCGGGUCGGGGGACUCACCUCCGAGGGAUUCCCCGGAAGAUGGUGAUCGGGGCGGUAGGCGGAUUCGCCAAAUUGGUGGCUUCAUUUCUCAACUCCACCUCUGUUCGCAAUGCCGACACCCUCCUUUCUCUGGUUCGAUCUCGGCCCCCUGGUACUCCUCUUAUCACUGUUAGCAAUCACAUGUCCACCUUGGAUGAUCCGGUUAUGUGGGGCUUCAAGGGGUUUCCCACCAUGGAUGCAAACCUCGCUCGCUGGGUUCUCGCAGCUGAAGACAUCUGCUUUAAGAAUCCACUGUAUUCUUAUGUCUUCAGACUUGGGAAGUGCAUACCUAUUACAAGAGGUGGUGGGAUAUAUCAAGAACACAUGAAUGAAGCUGUUGAACGAUUAAGUAAUGGAGAAUGGUUGCACACAUUUCCAGAAGGAAAAGUUUCCCAAGAAGAUACACCUAUAAGAAGAGUAAAAUGGGGAACAGCCAGUCUUAUUGUCCGUGCCCCUGUUACCCCAAUAGUUUUGCCAAUUGUCCAUCAUGGGUUCGAAAAGGUGAUGCCCGAGAAAUUCUUGUUUGGCAGAAGACCACCCGCUCCACUAUGCAACAAGAAGAUUAGUAUAAUCGUUGGCGAGCCAAUAGAUUUUGAUCUUCCAAAUAUGAGAAAGAUUGCGAUUUCUAUGUCACGUAAUUUUUCACAUCCAUUGUUAGGGUGGCCAAACACUCCUGAUGGUUUGGAUGAGCCAGCCCAAAGAAGUCUCUACUCUGCAAUCUCAGAGAAAAUUCGAACUUCCUUGGAGAGCUUAAGGCUUUUUCGGUAAAAUUCCUUGUGUUAAAACUCAGGGAUUGGUUUAGAAGCAAAUUAUUUAGGUCAACACAGUAGAUAUGGUGAGCAGUAGGUAAUUAGUUGGUAUUAUCCUUCCUUCCAUUUUAUGGAAAUGUGGAACUCUCUUGCUUCAAGGAUAAGAAGCUUAACGAAAUUGCUUAGGUUUGAAGAGACUUUUUAUAUUGCCAAAUUUCAAAUAUGAGACUUUUUUUGUGUAUCCUAACAAUGAACUUAAGAAUAAUGUUCUCUCUCUCUCUCUCUCCCUCCAUGUAUUUUCAAUGAUUUUUUCUUAAUCAAAAUAACAAGUGAAAGUUAUUUUAGUAUC